AUGUGCAUUGCCCUGAUCUCCACGGCCCAUCCAGCCUACCCCCUUAUCCUCCUCUCCAACCGUGACGAAUUCCUUAACCGGCCCACCGCCCCGGCACAAUGGUGGUCUUCCCCCCACUCUCACGUCCUAGGCGGCCGUGAUCUCCAGCGGGCGGAACAGGGCACCUGGCUAGCCAUCACCAAACAAGGCCGGAUCGCUGUUCUAACGAAUUUUCGCGAGGAAGGCGAUACUUACCACACUGCGGACAAGAGUCGCGGUGCUAUCCCGAACGCUUAUGUUACCCAGCCACCGGAGAGGAAGGAAGGGAGUGAAGACUUCGCAAGGAGGCUGAUUGAGGAGGUUGGAGUAGGCGAUGUAGGGGGGUUCAGUCUGGUGUUUGGGGAGCUGAGGCCGUGGGAGCUAAAGGAUGGUGCGAGGGAGUUUCCAGGGUUGAGCAUCGUUUCGAAUCGGUCUGUGAAGGCAGACGAUCUGGUGACGAUCGCCACCGCGGAGGGAGAGACUCACGGGCUGAGCAACAGCCAUUUCGGGGACCGUAGUUGGCCGAAGGUUGUGCACGGGGAGGAAUUAUUGAACGCGGCAAUCGAGGACGAUUUCAAGGACGGCAACAGAGACCAAAGCGGAUUCGCGGAGAGGUUGUUCGAGAUCUUGUCUAUCGACAAGCUGCCUAAACGGAAGCAAGGCGAGGCCUGGGACACGUAUGUAAGACAGAUGCGGAACUCGAUCCUGAUUCCUCCCGUUGGUGGCAUAAGCGCAGAGAGCAAGCCAGCGGAUAGCAUGGCGUCCGGUAAAGAUGGUGUCGACACACCCGACCGUGGGAAUGUGGAAGUGCGCGAGUUUGGGUAUGGGACGCAGAAGCAGACGGUCGUUCUUGUGGAUAAUACGGGCCGGGUGAAGUUUAUUGAGCGGACGUUGUAUGAUCAAGAGGGGAGGACGGUGCGGGUCAAGGAUGGCCAGAGAGAAUUUACGUUCGAGAUUGAGGGCUGGCAAGAUCCGUGA